CUUCUGGCUCACGUGAUAGUGAGGUCACUCAUGCGCUACAAUUAAUUAGCCCGACUAGCGCGUACACUGCUAGGCUAAUAGCAUUUGCUAACUAUAUGUGCUCAGACGGUAAAUUUCACAGUAUUUUGAGAAGAUGUCCGGAAGCGCAGGAGAGUGGUGUCUGAUGGAGAGUGAUCCUGGAGUGUUCACGGAGCUCAUAAAGGGGUUUGGCUGUAAAGGAGCUCAGGUUGAAGAGAUAUGGAGUAUGGAGCCGGAGAACUUUGAGAACUUGAAACCAGUUCACGGCUUGAUUUUUCUCUUCAAGUGGCAACCAGGAGAGGAGCCUGCAGGGUCUAUUGUGCAGGACUCGAGGCUUGAUCACAUUUUUUUUGCCAAACAGGUCAUUAACAACGCUUGUGCCACCCAGGCGAUCAUCAGCGUUCUCCUCAAUUGCACUCAUGCUGACAUGCUGCUCGGAGACACGCUGACAGAGUUCAGAGAGUUUUCACUGAGUUUUGAUGCAGCUAUGAAAGGUUUGGCUCUCAGCAACUCUGAAGUGAUUCGACAAGUCCACAACAGCUUUGCUAGACAGCAGAUGUUUGAAUUUGAUGCAAAGUCUUCAGCAAAGGAUGAAGAUGCCUUCCACUUUGUCAGCUACGUUCCUGUAAACGGCAGGCUGUACGAGCUGGAUGGACUUCGAGAAGGACCGAUCGACUUGGGUGCAUGCAACCAGGACGACUGGAUCAAUGCGGUUCGUCCAGUGAUUGAGAAAAGGAUACAGAAGUACAGCGAAGGAGAGAUCCGAUUCAACCUGAUGGCCAUCGUGUCGGACAGGAAGAUGAUCUACGAGAGGAAAAUCGCAGAGCUCCAGACUCAGCUCACUGAGGAUGAGCCGAUGGACACGGACCAGAGCAGCACAUUCCUCAGCUCCAUCCAGUCAGAGAUCGCAAAGUACCAGCUGCUCAUCGAGGAGGAGAACCAGAAGCUCAAAAGAUACAAGAUUGAAAAUAUUCGACGAAAGCACAACUACCUUCCUUUUAUCAUGGAGCUACUGAAGACGCUGGCAGAGUACCAGCAGCUAAUACCGCUGGUGGAGAAGGCGAAAGAGAAACAAAGCGCCAAAAAAGCUCAGGAGGCCAAGUGAGCAGCAGCGAUGAUGUCACACACACACACACACACAGUCUACCGUCAAGCUCUCAUCAGUGAAGGUUGUACAGAUCCUGUCAUAUUCAUGUGAGGAACCGCGGAAGGCGCGCCGCACUCGGACGCCGGCUUCCUGUGAAACCAUCCAGACUGAGAGCCGCGCUGCAGCCGGAGCUGAGACUGUACUUCUGAUUUCUGCCUCUGCGUCAUUCAUCAGUGCUAACGCAUGAUCGAAGCAAACAUGUGUUCAAAUGUUGUUUUGUCUUAUUUUCAUAAUAAAAUGUUUGGAUGUCUGUGAA